AUGAUGUCCACUUCCAAGCGAGUUCUGGAGGGCCUGGAGCAUUCAAAAGCAAAGAGAGUUUGCCGUCCUGCACCCUUGGACCUUGAAUAUUCCUCCGGCCUGCCAACCCAUCUGGCCAAUGGGGACAAUUUGUCUCCAUUUGUGAUCCAGAACGGUCAGCCCUCGCCAAUCCCCGGCGAAUUGUUCAGCCAGGUGCUGAACAUCAAUGGAUCAUCCAAGACCGUGUUCACCAAAUUAGUCAACGGCGAUGAUCUGUCUCCCCGGCUGGUCCAACAAAUUGGCCAACCCUCGCCAAUUCCUCACGCCCUGAUCAACAAGUCAUUGAGCAUCAAUGAAACUUCCGAGGUCACUCGCCCUCAGGGCCCAUUCCUCUUCUCUAGCAACCAAGGAAACACCCAGUCCACAGGCGAGUUUAACCCUCGUCUUUCUACCCCCAACGACGGUGCAUCGAACACCGUGAACGUGAACUGGCCACUUCCAUACACUCGCUCCGUCGGUCCGGUUAACGAGGAUGGCUUCGCCGUCAUUACUCAGACCUGGUAUGAUUACAGCUCCAUGACGGACUCAGACUCACAGUCCUCUUUCAAUCCCGAAUUCUUCCCCACUCCUCGAACCCGCACGCGAGUUCAGUACUUCGGCCGGCCCGAUGGAAGAUCUCGCAAGAAGCCUCGCUUUAUUUUGGGGUUUCGUCGCGGUUGCCCUCAAUGUUACCACCGGGUCCCUGGCCAUAUGAGCCACAUUGUUUUUCUUGAGUCGCCCGACUCACGAUUUCUAUGA